CGUCAAAAUCAGAACAAUAACAACUGUGCUUCACGCCGAAGGCAGAAAAGUCAGACCAACGACGGUCUGCUUUCCUAUAUAUAGUUAGCCCUCAGAAAAAGCCGGCCAGCAGAACCUUUGAUCUGAGCCGUCCGGAAGCGCAGUUUGAAGUGGGUGUUGCAGCGGCAUCGGGAAAACCAUAUCGUUAGCAAUUCGAAAAGAUUUGAAGAGCUUCAUAAGGGAUUCGAAGCGAGAUGGACAGCAUCAGUAAAUCCUUCAGUCGCCGAUUCGGGACCAAGUCGAUGGCGGAGACCGAGGGUCUCGGAAAGGUCAAGAAGCCAUCGCUUCUGCCCCCACGCAACGGCGACACCUUAUGGGAGAGGGCCACCAAAUUCUACCUCAUCCCAGAGGGAGAUUUUAUGCGUGUCUGGGAAGAGGUCAUGGUGUUCGUUGCCAUUGUCAAUGCCAUUCUGGUGUCCUUUAUGGCCGCCUUUCAGUACCAUUCGACUGCGGCUUGGGUCGUCAGCUAUAUCAUCGACAUCUUAUUUGUUGCGGACAUGUACAUCAAGUUUCACAUAGCUUACUUGGUGGGAGGUUUUUGGGUCGUCUUCCCGGCGGAAAUGGCCUUGCACUACCUUCGGUCUUGGGAGUUCAUCUUUGACGUGCUUAUCAAUUUCCCGGUCGAUAUCGUCGCAUUUGCAUACGUUGGCAAAAGCUACGGACAGACGAAGCUAUCCUUGGUUCGUCUUUGGAAGUAUCUGCGUACGGGUCGUAUCAUCAUUUACUUCAGACGACAAGAGAGCAAGUUGCACGCAAGUUUCAGAACGCAAGUCGUGAAGUUCAUCAGCUAUCUCGUCGUCCUGACACACACCGUCGCCUGCAUUUGGUUCACAAUCGCGUGUUCGGGAGAAAUUGAUUGGCCGAUGGAUUUGACAACUUCCUGCAGUGUCGAGUCUUGGAUGUUGAAAUCUCGCGAUAUUGAUUUUGUGGACUUGGGUUUGGGCGAGGUGUAUAUCGCAUGUAUAUACUGGGCUGUCAUCACCAUGACUACGGUCGGAUUCGGGGAUGUUCGCGCGAACAAUGCCUCCGAACGAGUAUUUGCAAUGUUCACCGCCUUCUGCGGCAUCAUGUUCUACGGAUACAUCAACGGCACAAUCACUUCCACUCUGUCCAACAUGGAUUCACGUAGGGUGGCCUACCAGCAGCGCCUCGAUGCCGUCAAGCAGUACAUGACGGACCGCGAUAUGGACCCGGACAUGAAGGAGCGUGUGUUGAUCUACUACGACUAUGUUUGGGAGAGGAACAGGGGUAUCGAUGUUCGAGGACUAUUUGUGGACAUGCCCUCAACGUUCAAGCAGGAAGUAGCCUUGAGCUUGAAUAACCAGAUCAUUGAUAAUGCCAUCAUUUUCAAAGAAUGUUCCAUCGGAUUCCGUCGCAUGAUUGCAAUUGACAUGAAGCUCUUCCUCUUCACCGCAAACGAAUACGUGGUUCAUCGCGGAGAUCUCGGAUUGGAAAUGUUCUUCAUCACUCAGGGACGUAUUGACAUCUAUGCGACCGAGGACCUGCGAAGGCCGACUGCGUCCUUAAUUGAGGGUGCCUACUUUGGUGAAUUCUGUGUUGUCUUGGGAAGUCGCCAUGAGUACUCCGCUCGAGCGGUUUGCAACACGGAUAUUUACGUCUUCAGCAAAGAUGAUCUUGAGCACGCCUUCCAGGCAUAUCCCGAAGACCGUGAAGUUGUCGUUGCAGCAACCAAGAAACGCUACCAGGCGCAUCUACAGGCCAAGCGGUCGCGAGGAGGUGCUGGCGCUACUAAUCGCGGUAUGAUUUUGGACGAGCUGGAGGAUCUCGAACAAGAAUUUGGAGUGAAAGGGAGCGUCAUGAAGACCGAUACGCCCGUUCGUCUUGCUGGCGACAAGGCUCCCAGUUUGCGGGACCUCAGCCAAGCGCCUAUAGGUUCGCGACCUCUUGAUGAGGCGGACUUGGAGGGCGCGGUGAUUCCGCUGGAAGAUGAUAACAAAAGAAAGGAGACCAAAAUAAAGCCUGCCAAUUCGGGAGCUGGAUAUGCGCUUAUGGACAAAACUAUGGCGAAAGCUUUGAGCCAGAGCAGCUUGAGUCCUGCGCGUAAGGCUAUGGCCCGUAGCACGGCGAGUAUCGUCGAUAUCGGCAAGAGCCGGCAAGAGCGAAAAGAAAGCACCGAUUCCCGAUCGGAGUCUUCUGCAGCUGGGGUGCGCUCCGGUUCGAGCAGGAAUCAGUUAAGCGGCGCACCUCAGCGUGAGAGCGAGUCUCCUGCGCCGGACCACAAUCCAACGGGGGCGCCCGAUGGACCUGGAAAUAUGUGAGCGGGUGUUUGGGAUGGGUGUUUGUGCUUUUAGUUUUUCCUCGACUUUGGGUAAAUCUUGGACAUGUCUUGUGGACCUCAAUAUGAUGGAGUAGCUCGUUCAAUCCCAUCUCGUGCUGAAGAUCUUUAUAUACCCUCCAACAAUAACCCUUUGGGAUGGAGGAUCCGCCACGCUUGAACCUGUCGAUGGGACCAUGUGUGAAAAGGACGGUGUUGACUAUUGAGAAGCGAAUAUGUUGACCAUGUUUUGAAAAGAAAUAGUCAAAGAAAAUUCAACUGUAUACGUUUUCAUUCAUGAAGGAAACAAGCUUUACGU